AUGACACAACCAGAUAUAUUCAUGGGUGGGAAUCCACUUUGUGUGAGAUACAAUGGCUAUCCCAUCCACGUGGUCCGUUCUACGGAUGGCACCAGCUGGUUCAGUGCAGCGGAUAUUGUAAGGGCUCUCAGCAUGUACAGUACAGGGAUGGGUGCAGGUGAUUGCUGUAAAGAUGAUAACACACUUUCACCAUCCGAUGAGUCUGCGGAUUUUGCGAAGCGCUUGUUAUUUUCAGUUGACGAGGAGCACAAAAAGCCACUAAAAGAUGUGGUCAAGGAGUGUGAGCGGGCAUUGUAUGGGAGUGCUGGGAUGGAGGCUUUAUACGUUGACCUCACCGGGAUCCAGACGUUAACACGCGCUACAAGCAUGCCGACAGAGGCUGACUAUAACGACUUCAUGCAACACGGUGAGGCGCUUAAUAAAAUCGUUGGGGCCUUGCAAAGAGGCAUCCGUGACAGCUGUGCGCAAAUGUCCGAAAAGCCUUGGAAUGACGGAUCAGGCGGCGUCGUAGAGGUCAAUGCAGCUGACUUACAGUCGCUCCUGAAAACGGUGGAAGAAAUGAACGGGUACAUGUGCAGCAUUUUACCCCGCGUUGCUAACAAUGAGGCUACUAUAAGAACUGUGAGUGAGCACAUGCUCCAACUCCAAAAUAAAGUGGAUCAUGAAAUUGAGAAGAUCAGAAGGGAAUUCAGCCAACACGGGACUGCUUCACUGACUGGACGUGAUAAGGUAAGUGAAAAUGCGGAAAGCGAGCCCCCAUGUGGUACAGCGGAGUUGAAUAUAUCAGAGAGUCCUACAGCGGCUUGUAAAACCGUCAGACUGCUUGACCAGUCGAAGAAUGGGGCUUGGCAGCGCCAGGAGCAUCCGGUGGAUAUUAUAAGCAGUGAGGAAAGGCUGAUGAACAGCUUCAACUUUGAAGCAUGUGGUGCAUCUGCUGAAGAGUUUGGAGAAGCUGAGCUCGAACUGAUUGCCUAUUUCAGGCGUGCACUAAGUCGUCUGGGGCAGCAGGGUAGAACAUGUAUUAAACUGUUUCCAGUGAAGGACUCUAACAAACACUCUUCCCAUUCCGCUGAGCGCGCCACCUAUGAGUUGAAAGUAAAGAGAAUGUCACUGCAGUUGAGUGAUUUUAAAUUCAUCAGCAUGUGCCCAUCCAUAGCCAAGCUCCGUUUCAGCGAGUGUCGCGGUGUGUGCGACCUGGAGGUCCUGGCUGAGGCGAAAUCACUCGACGCAUUGAGCCUGGAUAUUGAAGGGGAGGUGAGGCACCUUCAUUUUUUGAGCGGACUGCCUUCCCUUAAGACCCUUCAGCUACAUUACCAACAAAUCUCUGAUGACGAAUUUCGCUGUUUGUGCCUGUUGGAGGGCCUGGAGGAGCUAACUCUGCGUGAUGCUUGGAACUUAACGUGUUUGGCGCCGAUUGCAAGCUUGCGGCGGUUACGGGUAUUGGAUUUGAGCCUCCCACUGGUGGCCCCCAGCGGCUGCGUGCAAGAGGAGUGUAGUUCUGAUGGUGAUCAAAGUGCGGAUACAAAGUACCCCCAUUUAACGGAUGUAAGUCCACUUGCAGAGAUAAUAGCACUAGAAGACUUGAAUCUCCAGGGACGAGGAGGUGUAGAGGCAGGUGUUGAUGCACUUGGAUCUUUACCGAAGCUCCGUGUGUUGAAUCUGAGUGGAACGGGCAUAACCGAUUUGUGUUUUGGUGGUCUGAGUGAAAGCAAGACCUUGACGUCACUUGACAUUUCUUUCUGUUGGAAUUUGACCGACCUAAGCCAACUCGCUCAAGUCGCCACGCUGAAGGAACUAAAGCUUCGGUUGCACAAAGAUGGAGUACCCUGCGUGGACGGUCUCGAUAGCCUUCCGUUACGCACGCUACACUUGGUUCUCCCCCAAAGAAUUUGCCAGCAUUCGGAGGAAUCUUCUACUUUGGAGAGUAGCUGUGAGGUUGCACCCACUGUUUCGCUAACAGAUGUGUUCCCCCUCGAAGGGAUUGAAACGCUUGAAGAGCUGAGUUUGCGGGGUCAGGGACAUUUGAGUCUACAAAUGGACGUCCUUUCCUCCUUGCCUCAUCUGUGUGUGUUGGAUUUAAGUUUCAUAAGCAUGACAGAACAGUGUCUUGAUGUACUUGCCACUAUACCAGGCCUGGUGAAGCUCGGAUUCACUGCUCGUGGGUGCACAGGGAACAUGAGCUCUCUCUCUAAGAUUACUUCGCUUGAAGAGCUGGACGUCCGAAGUUGCUCUAGUGCCGGCGCAAUUGUUGAUGCAGCUGCCCUGCUGCCUAAGCUGCGUGUUUUCAGUCUGAGUGGUGCCACAAUUACUCCAAGGAGCCUCCAAAGCCUCAUCCAGUGCAAUAACCUAGUGAAGCUGGAUAUUUCCUUCUGCAGGAAUGUGGAGGGUGGUACGCCAUUCCCAUUGAUGACUACAGUGGAAGAGUUGAACCUCAAGGGCUGCCAGAGCGUCCUCUGUCUCGGUGUUUUGGCCAACUUCCCUAGUCUGCGGAAACUAAACGUGAAAAACAUGUACGUGAGUUCCGAAGUGUUAAAGGAGUUUCGUGGGCGUAAUGUUGUAGUUCGUUACAGAUGCUGA